ACUAUUUGCAAAAAUAGUAGAACGGGAUAUAUUUGACCCAUUUUCAUAAAACAUAACAACCAUCCAACAAGAAUUGUUGUGAUGGACCCUGCCACCGUUGACUAUGGCGAUAGACGGAAAAUUUGCUGUAACUGUGAGAGGCCGUUAAGAGUGUGUUUAUGCAGCAUUAUCCCAUCGGACCCAAUUGCUACUGUUAAUACUCGAAUCGUAAUUCUUCACCACCCACAUGAGCAACGACAUAAGCUCGCUACGGUACCCGUUUUAUCUAAGUGUCUCGGGAAUUGUGACGUUAUUGUUGGUCGGAGAUUACGUUACGGUGUUUCAGAUGUUCUUGAUUCGCUACAUGAUGAUGCUAUUCUUAACCCUAAUUUCACCAAAAGAGCUAUUUAUCUAUUUCCUGGUUCUGAUACAUCUCCAUCUAAGGAAAUCAACCAUUGGAAAUCCUCUCAACAUACUGUAGAGACGAGUAACUGUGUCUUGAUUGCUUUUGACGGAACUUGGAAGCAUGCUCGAGAGAUGAUGCGUGCAAGCUUAUCAUUUUUGUCCAAGUUUGCCGUUCAGGUUCACUUAGACUAUGAUGUUGGCAAUGACGGUGGGACUAUUUUUAAUUCUGAUCUAAUUCUUAGGAAGGAACCAUUUAGUGGGUGCAUGAGUACCAUGGAGGCAAUAGCGCAUUGCUUAAGGAUCCUUGAGCCUAAUGGAAUUGAUAUAGAGUCAAGUUUGAUAGAGGUCUUAAGAAGUAUGGUUAAAUUUCAGGCUUCCUUCCUCAAGCCUAUGAAGCCUAGGCCAAAGUUGAUAAAAGCAGGACGAGAGGGAAAAAUAUAAUUGCUCUGUUCCAUUUUUUUGUGUUUUUGAAGCAACAUUUAGCGCGAGAAUAGCCUCAAAGCUCUUUAGGUUAUCACGUACCAGACUGCUCAAGCCAUCCAGCAUGUACUUGGUACUUAUCCAGAUUUCACAGGUUUCAACUUUCAAUUCAUAUAUAUAACUGAUGGUUUUUGUUAGGAAAUUAUAUAUCACCGUUCUGCUGGUUCCUCUGAAUACCUUGGCUUGAUACUGUGAUGCUUAUAUGUCGUCUAAUAUGUCUAGAUCCUUCCUUAUCAAAAAAAAAAAAAAAAAAAAAUCUAGAUUCUUUGAUAUGUCAAUGUUGUUGUGCUGAAGAUCUUGUAUGGUUAAAGAUAUCUUUAUUUAUUGAGUUUUUGGAUCUGUAUAGAUGUUACAGUAUAACAGGCUAUGGAUAUACUUUUCUGGCUAUUUUAGAUUGGCUUUGAAGUAAUUAAGUAGCUAAUUCAAGUGUUGUGAAGCUAAAUGUUUGCAAGA